UAACGUUUUGUUUGGUUUGACGGAUUAACGUAACACAAAAUGGCAUUGGCAUCGAUUGUCCGCAUCUUGACUUUGUUUUAGACAGUCUUCUUGGCAAAAUAUAAGAUAAUUUUUCCAACGAGUGGGCAUAUAAACUAAGAAAAAUCUGGGCAUCCAAUGGCGCAUGCGUUGAGAAAAUGCCCCGGAAGUUGACUUGUUGUUUUCAGGAAGGAAUUAAAAAAAAAAAAUGAAAAGAAAAGAAAAACAGGGGAAGCCAAGGCGAAUAGCGUAACUACACAUCAUUCAAGGAUUUCGAUUGCUGAAGAACGUUCGAUGAAGAAAUGUACCUCUGGUGCGACGGACAACACGACACUCCCACAAUGCCAGCCAUUUUGUUGGAGCGCCUGCCACUCCCCAGCCUGCGGUCGUACGUCAGCUUCUCGGUGCUGGUGCUGGCCCUGGCUACGUUCUACGCCCACCAGACGGUGCGCACCAAGAUGAACUUUAACCCCGACACGGAGGUAGUGGAGGAGCUCGGGUUGCCGCCGGAACUGGCCAACAUCACUCUGCCCUACUCCAACGACGAGCAUUUCUACAACCUGAUGUACGUCAUGAGAGUGGAGACCUGGUGCAUAUGGGUACGUUUGUCCUCCGCCACUUUUGAUGUACGUCAUGAGGGUGGAGACCUGGUGCAUAUGGGUACGUUUGUCCUCCGCGACUUUUGUACGUCUUUUGAUGUACGUCUUUUGAUGUACGUCAUGAGAGUAAAGACCUGGUGCAUAUGGGUACGUUUGUCCUCCGCCACUUUUGAUGUACGUCUUUUGAUGUACGUCAUGAGAGUGGAGACCUGGUGCAUAUGGACUCUUGUCAACACUUGCUAUUGCCUGUUGAUAUUGCUGGGAAAACUCAUCCAGAAUAUUGUCUUUGGAGAGCUGAGAGUGAGUGAACAACAGCACUUGAAAGACAAAUUCUGGAAUUUUGUCUUCUACAAGUUCAUAUUUAUCUUUGGGGUGAUGAACGUGCAGAGCAUGGAGGAGGUGGUGCUGUGGGUGGCCUGGUUCUCCGCUCUGGGCUUUCUCCACCUCCUCACUCAGGUGUGCAAGGACCGCUUUGAAUAUCUGUCGUUCUCCCCGGCCACGCCCAGAGUGUCCCACGUAAAGCUGCUGUCUCUGCUGACGUGUAUCUUCACCUCGUGCUGCGUGCUGCUGGCGGCCAGUGCCUGGGUCGCUCUCCACAUCAGCCUCACCAUCUGUGCGUUCCUGGGAGCUGAGUGUUUCCUGCUGUUGCUGAAGUGCCUGUAUGUCAUGUUGAGAUUGCUGAGCAGACUUUGUGCUGUUGAGCUCCACGGAAACAUCUUCCUCAGCAUGGCCAGUCUCGUUAUCUGCAUGCAGCUGCGUUUCCUGUUCUACGAGUUCCAGCGCCGCAUCAAGCGACACAAGAACUACCUGAAGGUCGUCAAGGACAUGGAGGCAAAGUCUGCUGAAACAACUGUCCUGUCUCCCCCUAUGUGUUGUCUCGUCUGCUCCAACAAUCGUUCUCCCUCCCCCAGCUCGUGCCUGAGGUCAUGGCUGGAACAAGACACAUCCUGUCCCACAUGCCGCACCGCCCUCAGCGAGACCCCGCAGGGAGAGAGGAACCCCAUGGGCCCGCCCGGAGCCCCCAACGUAGCAGACGGCAUCGUGCCCCCGGCCCCCCAGGGAACCACCAACCAUUUUUUCCACUUUGACGGCUCGCGGUACGUCAGCUGGCUGCCCAGUUUCUCGGUGGAGGUGACCCACACCAACUUACUGCCCGGGCAGCAAGCUCACGCCACACAGACCUCACAGCUGGACAACAUGGCCCGAGAAGUGCAAGUGGUGUUUCCCAGCAUUCCUCAGCAGGUCAUCAUGGAGGACCUGAGGGUCACGCGCUCGGUGGACCAGACCAUCGACAACAUCCUCGAAGGUCGACUGAUUGUGCCUCAGGUGAGACUGGCUGUGUGUGCCACAGGUGAGACUGGCUGUGCCUCAGGUGAGACUGGCUGUGUGUGCCACAGGUGAGACUGGCUAUGUGUGCCACAGGUGAGACUGUGCCUCAGGUGAGACUGGCUGUGCCACAGGUGAGUCUGGCUGUGUGUGCCACAGGUGAGACUGGCUGUGCCACAGGUGAGACUGGCUGUGUGUGCCACAGGUGAGACUGGCUAUGUGUGCCACAGGUGAGACUGGCUGUGUGUGCCACAGG